CCGUUGGACGGCAGCCAUUUUGAAUAUCACUUCUCGCGAGAUUUUUCGAGAGAAUAUUUGUCGUGAAGAAAGUAACAGGCACUGAGAGAUUUUGUUCGUGUGUCUUUUGUCCAUCACAAAUUCUCUAAUUUUUGGUCAAAACGUAGCGUCAGCACCGUUCAUUCUCCAGGUGGACGACAGCUAGGUCACCAUGGAUCAACAUGUACAGCAAGUUAUCCAGGAAAGCACUGGUGCUGCAGGAGAAACCACCACCAUCAUCUACACAGUGGACGGACAGCUCAUCGGCGCAGAUGGUCAGCUGCAAACUGGAGACAUAGUUCACGAGGCCCUCUCCAGGGUCAAUGCCCUGGAGGCCGCCAUGAUGACAAAUAACUCCGUUAUCACAGGAGAGAUCACCACCGCGCUGCCUCCCAACGAUAACGCAUCUCCUCCAAGCGUGGCAGUCGCAGAAAGUGCACCCAGCCCCAUGGAGGUUGUCCCUCCCAAGAAAUCCCGUCGGGGCAGGCCCAGAAAGUAUCCUGUAGUGGAGAAGAAGGAUUUCAACUAUUUCAAGGACUACAUUGACAUUGUGUUGGUAGAGAUGUACCGCUGCCGACUCUGCAAGUUUGACACCAUGAUGAAGGCCAACAUGACCAGGCACAUGCACAUCCACCACAACCAGAUCCAGAAGGAUGGAGAGGCAAAACAGGACAGCAAAAGUGUAGAGAAAGCUGAAGAACAACAAGAGAAGGAAAAAGAAGAAGCUAAGGCGAGUGAUGAUGAAAGUCUGCCCGAUGACGGUGCUGUUGAUGACAAUGAUGAAGACAGUGACUAUGAGCCGGAGAGGCCGAUAGUAAUCAAACCUCCAGAGGAAAUGAUAAUGGAAGGGGACAGAGGGAUUCCACCCAAGCAGAGGUUCAAAAGGAGUGCUCCACUCACACGAAGAGCCGCCAAACUUGCCAGGACCGAGGAUGUGGCACCCAAACCAGUUGAGUCAGCAGGAAAGGGUGCAGAGAAGGAAGCAGUAUCUUCUUCAACAAGUGUUACAAAUGGUACCGAAAAUCCCGAAGCCCAGCCCAGUAAUAAUUCAGACGAAUCCAAACCAAAGAAGAAUGGGACAGAGAAAACAACAGAGGAGGAGAAGGAAGGAAAGUCAGAGGAAAAGGUUGAGGUUUCCCCGUCUCCUGUCAGGAGGGUGAGGGUGGCCAAACUGAAAGCCAAGUGGAUCCGAAAAAUGAAGAAAGGCUACAGAGUACGUAAGCUGAUGAGGCCUCACAGGUGUCGCAGCUGUGGUAUGCGCUUCCCCUCCGUGUCAGACUUGAACUUCCACCAGAAGUGUCAUGAUGGAGUCAGUACCAACAGUUUCAAGUGUCCCGACUGUCCCUACAGCUGUACCAGAUGGUCCUCACUAAAGGAACAUCUGUUCCACCACAACGGGCAGUCCAAGCCCUACAAGUGUGACAAGUGUAACUACAGCAGUGUGUACAAGAAGGACGUCACCCGCCACCAGUCGUCACACACCACAGACCGUCCGUUUAUCUGUGAACAGUGCGGAAAGGCCUUCAAGCGUGACAUCCACCUGAAGAGUCACAUUGACACCCACCGGCGGAAGGCGGACCGUAACUCGUACACCUGCGAGAUCUGCACCAUGGUGUUCACCCUGAAGAAGCCGUACAUGGAGCACGUGAGGGAGCACAACCAGCAGCCCAAGCUGUCGUCCUACACCUGCCCCGUGUGUGGCAGGACCUACACCAUGCAGAAGAGGCUGACGCAGCACAUGAAGACCCACAGCGCCGAGAAGCCCCACAUGUGCGACAAAUGUGGCAAGUCCUUUAAGAAAAGAUAUACCUUCAAGAUGCACUUGUUGACCCACAUCCAUGCCCGUGUGGACGGAAAGUAUGUCUGUGAACUCUGCAAUUUCACCUGUGACAACAAGAGGGUGCUGUUGAACCACCAAAUGGCCCACAAUGAUGAGAAGCCUUUCAAAUGCAGCUUCUGUAAAUAUGCCUCUUCAAAGGAAGAAUUUCUUGUUGCUCAUGAGGCCAAGCACACCGGUGCCAAACCCUUCCAGUGUUCCAUCUGCCAGUUCUCCACUCAGCACCAGCGCAACCUCAAGUUACACGUCAAGGGACAACACCCGGAGAAAUACUUCGAACUGUUCGGGAAGGACGUACCCAAGAAGAGACUGGGCAUUGAACUACAUAAACAGUUGCAGCAAUUGGUGCAGCAGGAGAGACAGCAGCAGCACCAGCUCAUGCAGCAGCAGCAACAGCAGCAGCUACAGCAGCAGCAGGAACAGCAGCUCCUGCAGCAACAACAACAGCAACUGCAGCAGAUCCAGCAGCAGCAAUACGAGCAGAUCCAGGUGCACGGCCAGGCGCAGGCCGUGCAGGACGCUGUCACCGCCCUGCAGGUGGUCGGAGGCGAGACCACCAUCGUGGAGAUCACGGAGGAUACCGGUGCAGGCACAGAGGUGGCCACAGCCAAGCUGUCUCAGCCUGGCACAACCACUAUCUAUGAAGCUACAGGAGCAGAAUCAGCAGAGAGUGUGGCCGAGUCCGCCCUCGAUCUGCUCCUAAACAUGAGCACUGCUCGAGACUCCAACAUCAGCGCCAUACAGCUUCCCAUACAAGAGGGGGAGGGCGAGACCAGGAAAGUGGUCACCAUCCACAUGGAUCCUAGCGAGAACAUCGGCAACUACGAGUACAGACUGCAGCCUGCCACUGUGGCGGGGGCGAGGGAGAUGGAGGUGACACACGUGGCACUGAACCCCUACGCGGAAGGUCCCGUGGUGUCCCAGCAGCAGAUGUAUGCGGGGGAUCCCACAGAAGUGUCCCACACAGUGGUGGUGACAGCCGGGGACUCCUCCACAGACAAGGGCACCCAGUAUGCCAUGGGAGUCCCCAUCUCCCAACAGUACGCCGUACAGGGAGGGCACGAGUACACUGAGUAUGUCAGCGAGGAGGAUGGUCAGGGGUCGUCCACACCAAAGAAGUUCACCUGCAAGCAGUGCUCGUUGUCGUUCAGUGGACGCAGCGAACUGGAAAUACACAAGAAGGCCCACAGCGGGGGACAGGGGUUCAAGUGCGUGGACUGUGAUUUCUCCACCAUGGACUGGCUGGCUCUGAAGGAGCACAUGCAGGAGCAUUCUGCGCUGCGGCCCCACAAGUGCGACCAGUGUUCCUUUGCCUCCAAGAACAAGAAGGACCUGAAGCGGCACCAGAUGACGCACACGAACGAGAAGCCCUUCACCUGUGAAGCCUGCGGGCAGCGUUUCAAUCGUAACUGCCACCUGAAGUUCCACAUGGAGAGGAUACACAACACACAGAAGCCUCAGCAGUCUCCCCAGCCCGCUCACUCAUCUAUACAGGAAGCAAGCUUGCUGCAGGCCAUCUCCGAGGCCAGCACAUCCCUGCCCCACCAGGUAGUGUACACCACGCAGCAGGCCAUGUCCACUCCUAGUAUGGCCACUCAGGAUGCCAUGACCCUGGGGCACCAGGAGGUGGUCAGUACAGCUGAGAUCAUCCACCAUGUCAUCCUGACUACAUCUCAUCCACAGGAAGGUGAGGGUCUGCAGCAGCUGAUGGGUCAGCAGCACAUAGUGACCACCCCCAGCACCAGCCUGGCCCAGCAGCCCACCACCACCACCAUGCACCAACAGGUCCACCAACAACACUACCAGCAACAAGGGCUGACGCAGCAGUCCCUGCAGCAGCUGCAGCAGGAUGGAUCCCUGCAGCAACAACAGGCCGCCCUGACACAGCAGUACACUACGCAGGAGUAUGACACCAGCACAGAAGUCAUGCAGGCCACCAGCAACAUCCUACACAACUACACACGUUACUAGGUCUGCUCCUGACAAGUACCAUAAGCUACCACCAGUAAUAUCCUACACAACUACACCCGCUACUAGAUCUGCACCUGACAAGUACCACAAACUACCAGCAGUAACAUCCUUCACAACUACUCAUGCUACUGGAUCUUCAUCUGACAAAUACCACAAGCUAUGGAGGCCAUACAAGCCACCAGUAAUUUCUACACAACUGCACACACUACUAGAAGUCCUGCUGACAAGCCACAUCAGUCAUGCUCAACUAGUGUUACAGUCAAAAGUGCCCAAGAAGACUACUCAGAAGACCAAUGAAAUCUGGUCAAUGUUAACAGGAAUUUGCUAUUAACAGGAUUCUUAAUGCUUCUGUCAAUGGGAAAUGUAAUUUAAGGGACCGCCAAAUAGUGGUGACAGUGGUCAGGUGGUCCUUAUGUAGAGGUGGUCACUUGUACAGGUUUGAAUGUACUUAAAAAGUUGACUGUGUCUCCAGAAUAUUGGUACAAUUAUGAGGAUGUCUUGUCACUGCACGUAU